AUGUUUAUUUCUGCUCGUUCACCUCCCACCAUCUGGAUACUGGUGAAUAUCAAGGCCCCAGGGGGACAGCAGAGCCAGAAGAGUUCUUUGACAUUCAGAGAUGUGGCCAUAGAAUUCUCUCAGAAAGAGUGGAAAUACCUGGACUCUGCUCAGAGGAGUUUAUACAGGGAUGUGAUGUUGGAGAACUACAGGAACCUAGUCUCCCUGGGAAUCUCUCCUUUUGACCUCAGUGUUAUCUCCGUGUUGGAACAAGGGAAAGAGCCCUGGUGUAUGGACAGCCAAGUGAAAUUAGCAAGAAACCCAAAUGGGUGGGAAUGUAUCAAAGGUGUGAACACAGAUACAACUUCUAAAUGUGGGAUCAAGGAAUUACCACCAAUAGAUAAUAGUAAUACAGGAGAAAUAUUCCGAACAGUUAUGUUGGAAAGACAUGGAAAGCAUGACACAGAUUUUUACUUUAGGGAGAUAAAGAAAAAUAUACAUGACUUUGAUUUUCAAUGGAGAGAGGCUGGAAGAGAUUAUAAAGGAGUCCCUAUGACCCAUAAAAAAAAUCUCACUGAUAGAAGAGACCUACAUGGCGAAGUGGAUGCAGGAAACAGGCCUAUUAAAAAUAAGCUUAGCUUUCAGUCACUUCUAGCUGAACUGCAGAAAUUUCAAAUUGAAGGGAAAAUUUAUGAAUGUAAUCAAAUUCAGAAGACAAACAGUUUUUCCUCAGUUUUACCACUUCAAAGACUCCUUCCUAGUGUGCACACCUACAUCUCUAAUAAAUAUGACAACGAUUUCAUGCACCCUUUAUUACUUACACAAGACCGGAAAACACACAUCAGGGGAAAACCCUACAAAUGUAAUGAGUGUGGGAAAGUCUUUAAUCAGGACUCACUCCUCCGUAGGCAUCAGAUAAACCAUAAAGGAGAAAAACCAUAUCAAUGUGAUGUAUGUGGCAAGGUCUUCAAUUUCAGGUCAAAUCUUGCAGUUCAUCUGAUAAUUCAUACAGGAGAGAAACCAUAUCAAUGUGAUAUAUGUGGCAAGGUCUUUAGUCGAAAGUCAUAUCUUGCAAGUCACCGGAGAAUUCAUACUGGAGAGAAACCAUACAAAUGUAAUGAAUGUGGCAAAGCCUUUACUCGAAGUUCUACCCUUGUAAUUCAUCAGAAAACUCAUACUGGAGAAAAACCUUACAAAUGUAAUGAGUGUGGCAAAGCCUUUAAGCGGGGCUCAUUCCUCACUGCACAUCAGAUAAUUCAUACUGGGGAGAAACCAUACCAAUGUGACGUGUGUGGCAAGGUCUUCAAUUACAGUACAAACCUUUCCAUUCAUCAGAGAAUUCAUACUGGAGAGAAACCAUACAAAUGUAAUGAAUGUGGCAAGGUCUUCAGUUAUCACUCAUCCUUAGCACGUCAUCGGAACAUUCAUACUGGAGAGAAACCUUUCAAAUGUAAUGAAUGUGGCAUGGUCUUCGGUAACUACUCAUACCUAGCACAUCAUCGGAGCAUUCAUACUGGAGAGAAACCUUAUAAAUGCAAUGAGUGUGGCAAAGCCUUUAGGGUGCGUUCAAUCCUAGUUAGGCACCAGAUCAGCCAUACUGGAGAAAAGCCAUAGAAGUGUAUUGAAUGUGGCAAGACCUUUGGACAGUGGUCCUCCCUCAAGAGACACCAAAGAAUUCAUUCUGGAGAGAAACCUUACAAAUGUAACGAAUGUGGCCAAUCCUAUUUUCAUUCCUCAGGCAUCACUAAACAUCAGAAAAAACAAACUGGAGAACCUUACAGAUACACUGAAUGUGACAAGGCCUUUAGACAUUGUCUUAACAUCUAAGUUCACUAAAUAAUUCAUGCUUGUAUAUGCAGCAAAUAUAGUAAAGUUUUAAACUAGUGCUCACUACUCACUAGGUAUAAGAAUAUACAUCCUGAACAGAAACAACAAAAACAAUAUGUGUGGCAAGAAUUUUACCUAAAGGACGAAACUUGUGGAUCUACAGAGAACUCAAAAUGAAGGGACAUUUUACAAAUAAAUGUAUGUGGCAGAGCCUUUACCAGAGUUUAAUCACUACUCAACAAAAGAGAGUUCACUACAAGGAGAACUCAUGUAAAUGUAUGUGGCAGAAGCUUUACCCAGGCAUCACAACUCACUAGACAUCAGAACAUACAUCUGUGAUGAAAGCACACAAUGUAAUGGGCAUGCUAUGGCUUUUACUCAGAGAUCAAAAGUGAAACAUCAUAGUAUUCAUAUACUGGAGAGCAAUCUUGCAAACGUAAUGAAUUUGGUAAGGCUUUUUAUCAAAUAUUCACACCUUUGGGGUCACAAGAGAAUUUAUACAAGAGAGAAACCAUGCAAACAUGCUGACCUUAGAAAGGCUUUAAGCAACAGUGUAUCCUCAGGCUUCACCAAAUUAUUCAUACUGGAGAGAAACCUUAUAUAUGUAAUGAAUAGGUAAUUUUUUUAACCAAUUCUCACAAUGGAGAAAUCAUAGUAGGGAUAACUAAGUCUGCUUCUCCAAGAUUGAUCUGAAAUACGUAACACAUAAUAACUGCAAGUCAAAAUAUGUUAAAACUCAUGACUUCAUGUAUAUCAAAAGAGGAAGAACAUGUGUAGGAAUGGCCAAUUCAGCUUAUGAAAUAUCGUAUUCAAUUAUUUGCAAUUUCUUGAAAAGGCUACAUUACUAAUUGUGACUUUCAGCCUGAAGUUUGAAGUAUA